CAGACCUGGACAUGCAGGUCUGUUUUCAUUUUUAAAGCAGGAGAACAACUUACAAUCCGCGGCAGAACAAGAGGGAUCUAUCACCGAUGUGAAGUAACAGCUGGCACACAGACUGACAGGCGGCGGACACCAGCCUGCUCUGCCCGGCGAAGGGAGCCAUCAGCCGGCCACAGGGAGCUGCAGGGGACGCCUACCUGGAACUGGAAGUCGAGCUCACUAGCAUUAUCCAGUGAGAGCCUUUAAAAAAUAUAACAUUUUCCUGUGUUGACAACUGCUGAAAAGUGACAUGGUGAAGAUGGAUUGAAACAUGAAGGGUGGAACUGUCCCAUCAUUAAAAUAGGAGGGCUUGCUCUCUUGAGGUGGUGCUCUGCAACUGAUCUGUGUGACUGAGCUGGGGGACAUAGAGGAAGAUGCCUCCCAGGCCGUCCUCAGGGGAGCUAUGGGGCAUCCACUUGAUGCCACCCAGGAUCCUGGUGGACUGCCUGCUGCCCAAUGGGAUGAUUCUGACCCUGGAGUGUCUCCGCGAGGCCACGCUCAUCACCAUCAAACAUGAGCUGUUCAAGGAGGCCAGAAAAUAUCCCCUCCAUCAUCUCCUACAGGAGGAGACUUCCUACAUCUUUGUCAGUGUUACGCAGGAAGCAGAGCGGGAGGAGUUCUACGAUGAAACCCGGAGGUUGUGUGACCUCAGACUUUUCCAGCCCUUCCUCAAAGUCAUUGAACCAGUUGGCAACAGAGAGGAAAAGAUCCUUAACAGAGAGAUUGGUUUUGCCAUUGGUAUGCCAGUGUGUGAGUUUGACCUGGUGAAGGACCCGGAGGUUCAGGAUUUCAGGAGAAACAUCCUGAAUGUCUGUAAAGACUCUGUGGAGCUGAGAGAUGCCAGUGGGCCCCACAGCAGAGCCCUGUAUGUUUACCCACCCAAUAUUGAAUCCACACAGGAACUACCCAAACACAUCUACAGCAAACUGGACAAAGGUCAGAUUAUUGUUGUGAUUUGGGUGAUUGUUUCUCCAAACAACGACAAACAGAAGUAUACAUUGAAGAUCAACCACGACUGUGUGCCUGAACAGGUGAUUGCAGAGGCCAUUCGUAAGAAGACACGCAGCAUGCUGCUGUCCCCCGAGCAGCUAAAGAUGUGCGUUCAGGAGUACCAGGGUAAAUACAUCCUCAAAGUUUGUGGCUGUGAUGAAUACCUUCUGGAGAAAUACCCCAUCAGCCAAUAUAAGUAUAUCCGUAGUUGCAUCAUGCUGGGCAGGCUGCCUAACCUGAUGCUGAUGGCUAAGGACAGCCUGUACACACAGUUGCCUACAGAUAACUUCGUCAUGCCGUCAUACUCUCGCCGCAUCUCCACGGCUGCGUCCUAUAUGAACGGCGAAGCAUCUGCCAAGUCGCUGUGGACCAUCAAUGGGACUCUGCGAAUACGAAUCCUCUGUGCCACCUAUGUUAACGUCAAUAUACGGGAUAUAGAUAAGAUUUACGUGAGGACAGGUAUUUACCAUGGAGGAGAACAGAUGUGUGACAAUGUGAACACACAGAGAGUACCCUGCUCCAACCCCAGGUGGAAUGAGUGGCUGACCUAUGACAUGUACAUCCCAGACAUCCCCCGAGCUGCCAGACUUUGCCUCUCCAUCUGCUCAGUCAAGGGCAGGAAGGGAGCAAAGGAGGAGCACUGUCCUCUGGCCUGGGGUAAUAUCAACUUGUUUGACUACACUCACACUCUAGUGGCUAACAAGAUGGCUCUGAACCUCUGGCCUGUUCCUCAUGGCCUUGAAGACCUCCUCAACCCCAUAGGAGUCACAGGCUCCAACCCCAAUAAGGAAACGCCAUGUCUCGAGCUGGAAUUUGACCAUUUCAGCAGUUCAGUCAAAUACCCAGAAAUGAAUGCUGUAGAGGAUCAUGCAAACUGGACCAUCUCGAGAGAGCUGGGCUUCAACUACAACCUCUCUGGACAGAGUAAUCGUGUGGCCAGAGAUCACGCCCUGACAGAGAGCGACACUGAGCAGCUGAAACAGCUCAGUAACAGAGACCCUCUUUCAGAAAUCACUGAGCAGGAGAAAGAUUUCCUCUGGAGGCAAAGGCACUACUGCAUGAACAUCCCAGAGAUCCUUCCCAAGAUCCUUCUGGCUGUCAAAUGGAACUCCAGAGAUGAAGUAGCACAGAUGUAUUGCCUUUUAAAGGAAUGGCCGUCCAUUCGUCCCGAGCAGGCCAUGGAGCUGUUGGACUGUAACUAUCCAGACCCCAUGGUCAGACACUUUGCUGUACGCUGCCUUGACAAAUACCUGACCGAUGACAAACUGUCACAGUACCUCAUCCAGCUUGUACAGGUGUUAAAAUAUGAGCAGUAUCUUGACAGUCCCCUGGCCCGAUUUCUUCUUAAAAAGGCCCUGACUAAUCAAAAGAUAGGACAUUUCUUCUUCUGGCAUCUCAAGUCAGAAAUGCACAAUAAGACAGUGAGCCAGAGGUUUGGGUUGCUGUUAGAGGCUUACUGCAGGGCUUGCGGCAUGUACCUCAAACACCUGAGCAGACAGGUAGAAGCCAUGGAGAAACUCAUUAACCUCACUGACAUACUCAAACAGGAGAAGAAGGAUGAAACGCAGAAGGUCCAGAUGCGGUUUCUUGUGGACCAGAUGAAAAGACCAGACUACAUGGAUGCACUGCAGAACUUCACCUCUCCUCUCAACCCUGCACACCAACUGGGAAACCUGAGGUUAGAUGAAUGCAGGAUCAUGUCAUCAGCCAAGAGGCCGUUGUGGCUAAACUGGGAGAAUCCUGACAUCAUGUCCGAGCUGCUCUUUCAAAACAAUGAGAUCAUCUUCAAAAAUGGAGAUGACUUGCGGCAGGAUAUGCUGACUCUGCAGAUAAUUAAAAUCAUGGAGAACAUUUGGCAGAAUCAGGGACUGGAUUUAAGGAUGUUGCCCUAUGGCUGUCUGUCAUUAGGAGACUGCGUGGGUCUUAUUGAGGUGGUUCGCAGCUCACACACAAUCAUGCAGAUUCAGUGUAAAGGCGGCUUGAAGGGAGCCCUGCAGUUCAACUCCAACACUCUGCAUCAGUGGCUCAAGGACAAAAACAAGGGCGAAACGUAUGAUAUGGCUGUGGAUCUGUUUACGAGGUCCUGCGCUGGCUACUGUGUAGCUACAUUUAUUCUCGGGAUAGGCGACAGGCACAACAGCAACAUUAUGGUCAAAGAUGACGGACAGUUGUUUCAUAUAGAUUUUGGCCAUUUCCUGGAUCAUAAGAAGAAGAAAUUUGGCUACAAGAGAGAGCGAGUGCCCUUUGUUUUGACGCAAGACUUCCUCAUCGUCAUCAGCAAAGGUUCCCAGGAAUGUGCAAAGACCAAAGAGUUUGAGAGGUUUCAGGAGAUGUGUUAUAAAGCCUACCUGGCUAUUCGGCAGCAUGCUAACCUGUUCAUCAACCUGUUCUCCAUGAUGCUGGGCUCCGGCAUGCCUGAGCUGCAGUCAUUUGAUGACAUUGCCUACAUUAGGAAGACAUUGGCUCUGGAAAAAUCUGAACAGGAGGCGCUGGACUACUUUAUGAAGCAGAUGAACGAUGCUCACCAUGGAGGAUGGACCACCAAGAUGGACUGGAUUUUCCACACAAUCAGACAGCAUGCACUAAACUAAUCUGCACACAAGCAAAAAAAAAAAAAAAAACGCCAGUCCCACCACCAUGGAGUAUUUACUUCUGUCAGCCAGCAUUCAUCCAUCACAGAAGUUUCAGUUUUGCAAAGCAGACUCCAGAAACUGCUCAGCGAUGAUGGAAGUUUUGGAGCUUGAUAUUUUUUUAAUCACACCAGUACAACUUCUU